UACACUUUGCUCUCAGCUAGGAUCAAGAAAUUUGAAGUUAACUUUAUUUUCUGAUCUGACUCUUCUUUGCUUUUCCCUCCCAUUUUCUUGCUCUCCAAACAUGUCUACACUCUUUACUUUCUUCUUCUUGCUUCCGUUGCUGUUCAACUUUAUCGCAACAGAAGCUCGACCCUUUAACGCCAAGAAGUGGGAAAAUGAUGCUCGCAAAGGAAUAUUGAUGGGUUUCUUUGAUGGGUUAUCUCUGGAAUCCAUUAAGCAAUCCGGGCCAAGCCCAGGUGGUGGGGGACACAAAUUUACUGAUGGCCGGACCCUUGGAAGUAUUAAAAACUCGGGUCCCAAUCCCGGUCAGGGCAACAAAUUUACUAAUGCCCAGACCCUUGGAAGUAUUAAGGACGGCCCAAGUCCUGGCACGGGACACGAAUUUACUAAUGCUAAGACACUUGGAGGUAUCAAGGACGGCCCGAGCCCUGGCGAGGGACACAAAUUUACUGAUGCCAAGACCCUCGGAGGUAUCAAGGACGGUUCAAGCCCCGGCGCAGGACAUGAAUUUACUAAUGUCAACACCCUUAAUGGAGGUAUCAAGGACGGUCCAAGCCCCGGCACGGGACACAAAUUUACUGAUGCCAACACCCUUGGAGGUAUCAAGGAUGGCCCGAGCCCUGGCGAGGGACACAAAUUUACUGAUGCCAAGACCCUCGGAGGUAUCAAGGACGGUCCAAGCCCCGGCGCAGGACACGAAUUUACUAAUGUCAACACCCUUGGAGGUAUCAAAAACGGUCCAAGUCUCAGCACGGGACACAAAUUUACUGAUGUCAACACCCUUGGAGGUAUCAAGGAUGGCCCGAGCCCUGGUGGGGGACACAAAUUUACUGAUGCCAAGACCCUCGGAGGUAUCAAGGACGGUCCAAGCCCCGGCACAGGACACAAAUUUACUAAUGCCAACACCCUUGGAGGUAUCAAGAACGGUCCAAACCCUGGUGAGGGACAUAAAUUUACUAAUGCCAAGAUCCUUGGAGGAAUCAAAAACUCAGGUCCGAGCUCUGGAGGACAAGGACACAAGUUUACCAACACUGAUGCCCUUGGAGGGAUCAAGGAUUCGGGUCCGAGCUCCGGUGGUGGAGGACACAGUUACAUUUCAGGAACUCAUCAUUGACGUUAUUAUUCCUUCCUAGUUCAAUUCCUUUCAGUUUAGCAGUAGAACAAAGAUAAAAUUCUUUCAUAGUUUCUCAUUUUUUGGUUGGAUAAUUUAUUAUACGUGUAUUCUACAGUUUAGAAGUACAAUAUUUGAUACAUAUUCUUUAA